AACAACACUUCCUCUUCCGUCCGAGCCUCGAGAGAGAGAGAGAGAGAGAGAGAGGGGUUCCAAAGAUGGUGCAGAGACUCACUUACCGGAAGCGCCAUAGCUAUGCCACCAAAUCCAACCAGCACCGCGUCGUCAAAACUCCUGGUGGGAAGUUGGUGUAUCAGACUACUAAGAAGAGGGCUAAUGGUCCCAAGUGCCCUGUCACUGGAAAGAGGAUUCAGGGGAUUCCUCACCUGAGACCAGCUGAGUAUAAGAGGUCCAGGUUGUCUAGGAACAGGAGGACUGUAAACCGUGCCUAUGGUGGAGUAUUGUCUGGCGGAGCAGUGAGGGAGAGGAUUGUCCGAGCUUUCUUGGUGGAAGAGCAAAAAAUUGUUAAGAAGGUUUUGAAGAUCCAAAAAGCCAAAGAAAAAUUGGCAGCGAAGAGCUAAGCAGAGAGUUUAGAGGAAUUUCCUUUUUAUGUUUUGGUGAAAUUUUGACAUUCAAGUGUUUACUAGUUGUGUGCUACAGAUUGACCUGAUUGCUACAACAAUUUAAGGAUCUUUUUGCUUUAGUUUAUUAUAUUUCAACUCCAUUGUCAUUCUA